GAAAUGCACCAUAGGGGGCUUGGGGUGAAACAGCAUUUCGGUACACUGUAAACUGUGUAUACUCAUGUAUUGACAAUAAAGCUCUUGAAUCAUGAAAUACUUUUCAAUACUAGGUAGAUGGGAUGUACCACUAUGAGGGUGGAGUGGAAUAGUCCCGUUGAUAAUACCCUUUAAUUUCCCUCUCACCUUUUGGCUUUCAAUACCGUGUCACCUGAAGAACUGAUAAAUUCUGGAGUAGAUAAAUUCAGCGUAAUCCCAUUAUCACUGCCAGCUUUCACCAGUAUCUGAAAUCUUAAUCCAACAGAUAAUAUAGCACAUAGUAUAGCAUUUUAGUCUCAUUCAUGAUGAUCAGAUAGCAUGUUCACUUUUGUUUGUAAUUGUUUGUCUUGGAGUCCGGUUGCUCAUGUUUUCAUGUUUUCAUGAGCAAUCGGUUGAGCAACAGUUGAGGCACUUUGCAUUUGGGAGGAGUUUCUGGCCAAGUAGAAAGCAGAGGAGCCAGCCUCUUAGACAGUAUUCAAAAGUUCGAGUGAGUGCACAGUGUCAGACAUUAAGAUCGUCAAGAUUGACCUUUGUAACAAACAUUUUUGUUAAACAUGGAAUUGACAGCAGAAAGUCACUCCAUUCCCCUAUCUGACGGAAACAGCAUACCCUUGAUAGGACUGGGAACUUAUGCAAAUCCCCGCGAGACUCCUAAAGGAACUACAUAUGAAUCUGUCAAAAUUGCGAUCGAGACGGGCUACAGACAUAUUGAUGGAGCAUUGGUCUAUUACAAUGAACACGAAGUGGGGCAAGCAAUAAGGGACAAAAUAGCAGAUGGAACUGUGAAAAGAGAGGACAUCUUCUAUUGUGGAAAGUUGUGGAACACAUUUCAUCCACCCGAGCUAGUACGACCUGCUUUAGAGAAAACCCUGACGACAUUACAGCUGGAUUAUGUUGACCUCUAUAUUAUAGAACUGCCCAUGGGUUUCAAGCCAGGAGAUGCAUUUUACCCCAAAGAUGAGAGUGGGAAGUGGCUUUAUUAUGAAACGGACCUCUGUGCCACAUGGGAGGCUUUAGAAGCUUGUAAAGACGCUGGCCUUGUAAAAUCUCUUGGGGUUUCAAACUUCAACAAGCGACAACUAGAGCUAAUCCUUAACAAGCCGGGGCUGAAACACAAGCCUGUGUCAAACCAGGUUGAAUGCCACCCCUAUUUCACCCAGCCAAAGUUGCUUGAAUACUGCCAGCAGAAUGGUAUCGUCACUGUUGGUUACAGCCCGCUGGGAACAUCCAGAGAUCCAUCUUGGGUAAACCUAAAAUGCCCCCCAAUGCUGGAAGAUGACCUGCUGGUAUCGAUUGCCAAAAAGUACAACAAGACCACGGCUCAGCUGUGUCUGCGGUUCAAUGUGCAGAGAGGCGUGGUGGUCAUCCCAAAGAGCUUCAGCCCUGCUCGCAUAAAGGAAAACUUUGAGAUAUUCGAUUUCUCUCUCUCUGACGCUGAUAUGAAGGCAGUUGAAGGGUUGAACAAAAACAUCCGCUUUGUGGAGCUUGUCAUGUGGUCUGACCAUCCAGAGUAUCCAUUUCAUGAUGACUUCUAGACACCACAAACAGCAACACAUUGUUCGAGAGUGAUUAAAUUUGGCAUAUUUACUUUGCUAAAAAUGAUAUUUAAUUGCUAUUAGCUAAUUAAAAAAAACGUAAAUUUACAGCACACAAUAUAAUACACUUCCUCGGGUAAAGGCUUUCACUGCUGAGCCGUGCUGUGGGAAGAAUAAUGAAGGUCUGCUCUCACAGAUGUCUUUAGUUUUGUAAAAGUCUUACAGAUAAGUUUUGAGUGACAAAACAACUUGGGAUAGUAAAUGUUUGCAAACUACAGAAUAAAGAUAAGGUGUUAACUGUAGUAUAGAUAUAGUAUAGAAAGAUUAAACUUGAACUCUGGACAGAUGGUGUUCUCACCCUGCCAACACUUUCAUUGCUCAGACCAAAUCUGAAUUGCUCAACCUGAAUAACAGCUUUUAAAACUGAAUUUGAAUUAAAUUUAGCUCUUGAAUGCUUUCAGUUUCACUUCUCACCAUUCAGUUUUAGUUCUUAAAUUCAAUUUUUGGGGUCAUACACCCGGGUUCUUCGAGAAAACUGCACAAUAAUCCAGCACAAAGUUUGCCGUUUUAGUGAUAGUCAUAUCAUACCAUAUCACUUCAAACAGAGGUGACCCACUAAUACUGCACUAAUGAAUUACACCAGGGGUGUUGAACUCCAGGCCUCAAGGGCCGGUGUCCCGCAGGUUUCAGAUAUCACCCUGGGUCAACACACUUGAAUCAAAUGAUUCGUUUCUUUACCAGGCUUCUGGAGAACUUCAAGACAUGUUGUUUCUUUGCUAAAACAUUCAGAUUACAAGUAGACAAGCAAACAAAGCACUUGCUUAUUAUCUAUCAACGUAGGACCCUACACAAAGUUUUGAAGUCUUGUCAUUUUCAUGAAACAGCUACAAACAUCUUAACAGCUAAUGUUUAGAAACAUUUUUACUCACUUCGAUUCCAAAUUACAAGACAACAAUGUGUUAAACUCUGUGGAAUCCACCACCAUAUCUAACUGCUGCACUCAUUAUGGUUUUAAACACUGGGGAAGUGUCCAGAUGCUGCACUGGAAAAGUCACAGUACAAGUGCAUGCACUCACAACUGGGUAACAAAUUGAGUGAUCUCCCAGCCGCUCCUGGGUUCGUGGUCAAACUUGCAUGUUAUUUUGAAAUGUCUCUUUUCAUCAGGAAGGAUGGGAACAUGGGACUGGCCGGUCAUCCACUGGAGCACAUGGUGGACAGCAAGAGACUCUGAUUUUUCACCACCUGCACUGCCUGUGUUUCCAUCUGUAAUGUUUGAAAAUGUUUCUGAAGUCUUUUCUAAAUAAAAAGCAAUCUGGAUUA